CGGUUGGCGAGAGGGCAGAGGCAAGUAGGGAGGAGGGUUGAGCUGUGGUGGUGUGAAGUGAGGGGUGGGGUUUUCGUUGAGGGACGGCGCUGCUGCUGCUGCGAAUGGGUGCUGAGCUGGAGCACUACGCGCCCGCCACUUGGCCGGCGGCGGCGGCCUGUCGGCGUGAUGUAUUUAUCAUGACCAAAAGUUUUGCCGGCUCAUCGCAGGUUGGACGACAAGUUGACGAUCGCGACCCGACGCGUAGGCCGAGAAUGUGGGGACCACCACAGCGGAUGUCUCGAGGGUGGUGGUGCAAUCUGCGUGAUUCUCUUCCGGGUCAUCGUUCCUCUUUCAAGCACGCCCCUUCCUUCUUCUUCCUCGUCGACAUCGUCCUUGUGCUGCUGGUUGUCGUUGCCGCCGCCGACGACGGGAGGGGGGGGGGGCUGAUGGGGCGGCACGGACAAAACAAGGUACAGAGUGAACAUUCGGGUGGACAUUCGCUGGUUGUCCUCGUUGUCGGCGGCGGGCUGAUGCGGCGGCACGGACAAAAAGACAAGGUACAGAGUGGACAGUCGCAUGAACAUACGGAUGAACAUUCGGGUGAACAUUCGCGUGCACAUUCGCUUGUUGUCGUUGCCGGCGACAACGGCAACGGCGGGGUGAUGUGGCGGCACCGACAAAACAAGGUAGGGAGUGAACAUUCGCGUGAACAUUCGGGUGAACAUUCGGGUGAACAUGCGGGUGAACAUUUGCUCUUGAUGUUGCCGUUGACGACGGCGAAGAGGACUCCGUGGUGGAGUUUGAACGUAGCGGCAGUGAGACGGAUGGGCGAUGGCGUCCCUGAGGAGGUAGUAGGGGAGGCGAAGAUUUUCUGUCGGGGUGGGAGGAAAGGGAGAAGGGGAAGACGAAGGGGAGGGGGAGGGAUGGGAGGAAGAGAAGAAGGGUUCUGGGUGUUCCAAGCGGGAGAGGAGGAACAUCGAGAAGACGGAGCGGAAGGCCGAACAGAGGUGGGAAAGAUGAUGACGAGAGCUACUUACUCCCGUCGGUUUCUGUUAACAGCUGCGGAAGCGAGCCAGGGAGGACAGGCCUUCGUCACCAGCCAAUCAAGCAGCAGCAAUCAGUCAAGCACCAACCAUUCAAACACCGAUCUGUCUAGCAACGACCGCUAUUCCCAGAGCAAUAGCUCUACUGCGGCAUCGUCGUCUGAAGCCGCAGAUCGAAGCACACAGGCUCCUUCUUCUUUCUCACCGCGCCCCCCUCUUAGUCCUUCUUCUUCUUCUUCUUCUUCUUCUUCUUCUCCUCCUCCUUCAUACCCCAUCCGUCGACCUAAGGCUGUGACAGCUGAAGCUUCACGGAAGGGACAUGGGGAGGGGAAUGGCACGCAGAGUCUUCCUGCAUCCGCUGAGGUCAGCAAGCCGGCGGUGGCGAUUUACGGGACGGUGGUGGGUUUCGUUUUCGUCCUCUUCCUCGUGACGGCCAUCGCUGUGACCUUCAGACAGUGUGUAGGGGUAGGUCAUCCUCCUCCUACGGACAGCGUAUCGUCCGACAUGGCUGAUCUUGGUAAGGAUGAGGGGGCUCCCUUGCGGAUGGGGAGGAAGUCUGACAUGCCGGAUGACGAACCGUCGAACAGUGUCCCGUUGCAACGUGCGCGUAUCUCCAUUCCCCGUCGGCGGCCCGGGCGUCUUCUUCCCGGCGAGCGCGAGGGAGAGGGAGAAGGGUACCAGGAUUUGCAGAGCGGCGUAGUGUUCGGAGCGAUGGGGACGGCGAAGAAAUACGCGGCGGAGGAGAUGAGGAUCGCGACGAUGAACUUCGCCGUCGAGAUCGGGAGAGGCGGCUACGGCGUGGUUUACAAAGGGACUCUGCCCGACGGCACCGACGUGGCCGUCAAGGUCUUCAGCAUGGACGCCAGGCAAUCCGAAGCGGAGUUCCUUGCUGAGGUUACUGCCAUCGGGCGGUUGCAGCACAUGAACAUCGUCUCCCUCCUAGGGUUCUGUACGGAAGGGAAGCUGAUGAUGGUCUACGAAUUCAUGGCUAAUGGCGAUCUACACGAAGCGAUCUUUGGCCCUAAGAUCCUGCUGGAUUGGGAGAGAAGGAGGUCCAUCGCCAUCGACGUCGCGCGAGGUCUCGUCUACCUGCACGACGAUUGCAAGAUGCGCGUGGUUCAUGGGGACGUCAAGCCGAGGAACGUGCUCCUGAAUGGGCGGCUGGUUGCACACGUGGCGGAUUUUGGCCUCGCCAGACUUAUGAAUCGCGACCUGUCGCAGCAAUUCACGGACAACGUCAGGGGCACGAAGGCCUACAUAGCGCCGGAGUACGCUUUAGAUGGGGUCAUAUCCGAGAAGCUGGAUGUGUAUAGUUAUGGCAUCGUGCUAUUGGAGAUGGUGACGGGCCGGAAGCACCUUAGCAAGCUCGGAGCCAAUGAUCAGACGGGGCGGCUGCUGGGUCUGCCGGCGGUGGCGCGCGCCGCCCUUGCGCCGGGUGGGGCGGGCGUUCGGUCCGUCGUUGACCCGCGACUGCGCGGGGAGUUCGUGCGCGAGCAAGCGGAGAUGCUCCUCUUCAUUGGCCUCAGCUGUGUGGCUGUCGACCCAGAGACUCGCCCGUCCAUGAGUCAGAUUCUGGCUAUGCUGCGAGGGCAGGUGGAUGUGAUCCGCUCCGACACCAAGGACAUGAUUCUCGAUGUCUUCUCUGCCUCUGGGGAGCUGCUCGCUCCCCCCGACGGGACCACCGCCCCCCCGCUAGCUAUGUCUCUCAUAGACUGCGUGUCGACCAACAUCGCUUCGGGUUCCAGCGUUGCAGGGGCACGGUCAACGUCGCCUUCGGGUAGCGCAAUGGAGAUCGUCACCGCCGAUCUAACGACCACGAGCGAUGACCCGUUGAUGAGGCGAGGGAGAUCGUAUUCACCACGCAAGCAUUACAGAGGAUCUACUUCCGAAGAUCGCGAAGUACAAUCCCAGGUGAAGGAGAUUGGAGAUAGCGUGGCAACAUUGCGUGAGUAUAUCGAAGCCGACCGAGCUAAGAAAGAUGCGAAGGCUCGUAAGAAAGCCGAAAAGAAGGAAGCUGAGCGCAUUGCUAAUGAGGAGAAGGAAGCUAGGGAGCGCAAAGCUAAGAAGAGGGCGGAGAAAGCUCGGGAGGAGGAAGAGAGAGUUGAGGCAAUACGUAAGGAUAUAGAUCUACAUGUCAAGCUUACAGUGAAGGAAGCACUCAGUGGAGCCUGCUCCGAGUUCCGGGAUGCUUUCGAUGCUGCGAAGCUCCACGAGAAGAUGAAGGGGAAACAAAAAGUGAACUACGUACCGGAUGAGGAAUUCUCCGAUGACGAAUUUGUGAGCAGUGAUACGGAGGAGAUACGUGAACGGACGCGAGGUCUAAGUAUUAAUGAAAAACGGAAGAGAGGGCCAGAUCCUGUCUUCGAGGAUAGCCCGCCCAUGGAGUUGCCGGCGAAGAGGACACCUAAGCGUACACCGAAGCGUACACCGAAGCGUACACCGAAGAGGGGGAUUUCGAAACCGGCGAAGCUUACACCAAGGUUGGCUCGUUCGAAGACCAAGGCGAAGGUAAAACUCUUCCCAGCAACCAAGGAACGAUUCAAGUUGGCAGUGAAGCGGAAGAUCCCUGCUACGAUGGGCAAGAUUGGUUGUUACAAGUUCAGGGACGAGGUGAUGCGACUGCUCAAAGAGCACGACGCGAUUACUCUGCAAAACCUUUGCUUUGAGGAAGGGAUUCAGUAUAAUGGUAAGAUUGAUGCGAUCUUUGACUAAGCGGAGCACAGGACUUACACCGCCUAUGGUACCGACGAC